GGCUCCCGUUUUUUCCAUAUCAGAAAAAUUGGUCAGUAUGACAAAGUUGUAUCGUAUCGUGACUGUUUCCAGUGAAUCGGUGAACCCAGGGCUGGGCGAACAUUCAUAUUUUUCCCUUUUUGCCUCUGGGCCCACAUUAUCUUGAGUGCAUACAGAAGCCCUUUCCAAGGCCUCCCCACCCUGCCACUACGAGUUUGACUAUGGAAACUUCAGCGCCGACUCAUUUACGGGAAGACACCAUUAUCGGCUCGCCGGCCAUCCCAGCCAUCACCAACGAACCGAAAAGCAAUCUUCGACGUCAGUUGGACGAUCUUCUUUUUGGCUCCGUGGCGGGUAUGGUGGGUAAAUUUGUCGAGUACCCUUUUGAUACCGUCAAAGUUCGACUCCAGACGCAACCGCUUGAUCGCCCGUAUUACUCAGGGCCUCUCAACUGUGUCAAAGUAACACUUCAACAAGAAGGAUUCAAGAGUCUUUACAGGGGCUUAUCAUCUCCGCUUAUUGGAUCGAUGGUUGAGAAUGCGGCUUUGUUUGUCGGAUAUCGUCAAGUACAACGUUUAAUUCGUAAUUAUUCGGCAACCCCGCAACAAAUCGAUGAAUGGGAAUCCAUGAACCAGGAAGAUUUACCGGCUCUCAGUAUGAACCAAUUGGUCGUUGCCGGUGCAGCAUCAGGAGCGCUGGCGUCUUUCGUUCUCACACCGGUCGAAUUGGUCAAAUGUAAAUUACAGGUACAGAUCGGCACCCCCUCCACUGCAUCAUCCACAUCAGCAGCCACAGCGGGGCAACCCAUUCGAUAUACGGGACCUUUCCAUGUGAUUGCACACACGAUCCGACAACACGGUUUCAGUGGAUUUUAUCGUGGUUACCUGGCUACAUUGAUUCGUGAAACCGGAGGAGGUGCUUUUUGGUUCGGCAUGUAUGAAUAUACUUGUGAUUUUUUCAUGCGUCAACAUCAACGUCGUACGGGUGAAACCAUUACGAAAAAGGAUCUGAGCCCGGGUCAAUUAAUGUUGGGUGGUGCGUUGGGAGGCAUGGCGUACAAUUUCUCCUUUUUCCCUGUGGAUGUGAUCAAGUCGCAAAUGCAAACUGAUGAAGAACUGUUAUCAGCCGGCAAGCGAGCGCGACAGUCAUUCAUGCAAACUGCUCGAAGCAUCUAUGUCGGCGGUGGCAUUCCCGCCUUUUACCGUGGCUGUGGUAUCACAGUGGCUCGCAGUGCGCCCAGCAGCGCCAUCAUCUUCUUAACUUAUGAAUUACUUUCCCGACAUUUUGGUGCAUAGAACAAAGAAUUCCAUUUAUAUCCAUGUCAUAGAACUUGCAACAUUUCUCUUUUUCUUUUUCUGUAUACACUUUUGCAAUCUCUUUCUUUUACACCCAAUUCUUUCUCAUUCUUGUAUUUUUACUAAUCAAAAUCAUUUUUGUGACAAUCUUAAUGAAUGCCAU